GUGUUGCGGAACGAUAAAUGGGAAAAGGAAGUAACUAGCGCCUCCUGCAUUAAUUCAAUAAAUAAGCAUAGUUCUUUUUUCCCUUCUUUCAAGUGUCAAAAUGGCAGACCAAACAGAGAGGGCUUUCCAAAAACAACCAACCGUUUUCGCGAACCGCAAAGUCGGUCCCAAGACUAAGAAGGUUGCCAGGCUGCACAGAAAUGUUGGACUGGGUUUCAAAACGCCCAGGGAGGCCAUCGAAGGACAUUACAUUGACAAGAAAUGUCCCUUCACUGGAAACGUUUCGAUCCGUGGUCGCAUCCUAACCGGAGUCGUCCAAAAACUGAAGAUGCAGCGUACCAUCGUUAUUCGUCGUGAUUACCUGCAUUACAUCAGGAAAUACAAUCGGUUCGAGAAGAGGCAUCGUAACAUGUCUGUUCAUUUGUCGCCCUGUUUCAGGGACGUCGAGAUUGGAGAUGUAGUCACUAUUGGAGAAUGCAGACCUUUGUCCAAAACAGUCAGAUUCAAUGUAUUGAAAGUGACAAAAGGCAGUAGUUCGAAGAAGAGCUUCAAGAAGUUCUGAAUGACCUAAAUAUAUUGUUCUAAGUA